AUGAGUUCAUUGUUUCUGCCAAUCACAAUGGCUGAUGUGUCUCAAAACAGAAGAGAAACGCUAUCCCUCAAUAACCCUGUCCAUUCAUCCAUCGAAAAGUCAAACCGAAUGAACUUUCGGCUAACCCUAAAUCGCCUCUGCUUCUUUUUCGAUUCCUUUUUCCAUUUUUUCCUUUCUUUUUCUCUCAUUUCAUCACUUUAUUUCUCUAUCCGUCUUUCUUUCCUUCAUUUUAAACUCAUUUAUAUGCUCUUUGCUAUACAUUUUUCUUUCUCUUUCUUUCUCCUUAAUUCUUUUAAAUUUCUUAUUCUUCUUUGCUUUUUCCUCUUUUCCUUUCUCCAACUCUUUCUUCAUUUCCUACUUUUUUUCUCUCUUUUUUUCAAUGUUUCUUUUUCUCUUUUUUUUUUCAAUGUUUCUUUUUCUCUUUUUUUUUCAAUGUUUCUUUUUCUCUUUUUUUUUCAAUGUUUCUUUUUCUCUUUUUUUUUCAAUGUUUGUUUCUCUCUUUUAUAUUUCUUCCUUAUCUCCCUUUACUUUUUUGCUUUUUGCUCUUUUUCCAUAUAUUUUUUCUUUAAUUCUCUUUGCUUUUAUUUUUCCAAAUUUUGCCUUUCUUUGUCCGCAUCUGUUUCCUUCUUUUUGCCUUCCUUUCAUAUCUCUUACUUCUCUCUAGUUUUUCUGUUUUUUCAUAUCUCUCUUUAUUUUUGUAUUUCUUCAUCUCUCUCUUUACUUUUUGUCUCUCUCUCUCUCUCUCUUAUAUCUCCACUUACCUUCAUCUUUUUCUCUUUUUUAAUGUCUUAUUUUUCUUUUCUUUCCUACUUUUGUUUUCAUCUUUUGCCUUCUUCUCAUUCUCUCUCUUUCUUCUUUUCUUUCUCAUGUCUUCUUUUGAAUUUCUUUCUUUUGCAUCUUUCUACUCUUAUUUUUCUUCCUUGUUUUAAAUUGUCAAAGAAAUAUUUGGUGCCAGGAAUGAGUAUAAUAUAA